AUGUCGGAAAGUAGAUCAAGCACAAAAAGUCAUGAUUCAUUUAAUCAAAAUGUAGAAAAGGUAUGGAUUAACGAGUUAUUUGAAGAUACUUUUCCAAUGAUAAAUUUACCGAAUUAUAAUCAUUUGUAUGAUUGUAUUAAACAAUGGUUAUCAACACCAAAUCUUGGAACUAUGAAGGAAGAAGAGAUUCAAUUGAAUUUUUAUCAAAACUGUAUGAAAGUUUACGAUUCACAUAUUGAUCGGACAUUAAAAUAUACUAGUAAUUAUACAGGUACUGUUUUUAAAAAAUUAUUUGGAAGAUUAGUUCCUGAUUUUUGUCGUGUUGAUUAUUAUAAUGCUCAUGCAAAAUCAUCAUCGAGUGGUUUAGAUUUAUAA